UCCUCCACCCGGCCUCGGGUGCGCGCCGGGCGUUAGAAAUCCGGCACUGGCGCUUCUGUGGUGAAUAUUAGAAUGUUAGGCGGACCUCUGCUGAGGCAGCAGCGGCGUGGGAGACUCUAAGCGGCAGGAAUCUCCUCACUGAUUCGAGAGUCCUACCUCUUCUCCCCCAUCACCCUCUCCCCAUACUAUUCUCCAGGUGGUGGGGCAGGACCCCUGCACCCCGCUUGAAACUCGCAUGUCCGCCUUCCCCCGAAAUUUCUGCUGCUACGUUGCAAGAUGUCAGAAAGGCUAGUGGUGAAAUGGCAUAGGAAAGUGGAGUCAGACGGAGUGAGGUUCACUGGACAACUGGGAAAGAUGCACAAAGAGGAAGUAAAGUUAUUCAAAUUCUAACUACUGUCCCUGUUACUCCACACCUGUCAUGUUUCCAAAUACCGGCUUAUUUUCAUUUUAGUUUUGAUACGUGCCUCGUGCUGAAGCAACGCGGAGAAAACUGUUCCCCUUUCGUACAACCUUCACCUCCCACCUUCACCUGCACAAUCAGGGGUAGAUAUUUGGCACCAAUGACUGCUACAUCUGCACAAAAGAAGCAGAAUAUCUUUUUCUUCAAGUUUUCUAACCGGAAUCUUGAGAUUUCAAUCAGCAUCUCUAGAAAAACGCGCAAAAUCCUAGUUAUGAUCUCUCCGUGGUGCUGAAGCAAGACUUCCUGUCCUUGUUCGGUCACUCAGACAUCUCGGUCAUUUGUUAUGAGACGAUCACAUUCCUUUUCAGCCCUUCAUGUGGAGUCUAAUUGUAAAUGGUUUUGACUGUCAGUGAUAGCUUCCUACUAAUUUAACUACGAAUAAAAUCGGGUCAAGUUCUUUAAAUUUAACGUUCUAUUAUUUUAGCGGACGAGAAAUUAUCCUCUCUUUUAUUCUUGUCCUCGCGCAGGCCCCAGAUCAUGCCUUGUUGGAGGUGCCCAGAAGGUGGCCGGACUGCAAAACAUUAGGCAGAUUUCAGUGUGAAAUCUGCACUCCCGGCUCUUAGAACUACAUUUCCCAUAAAGGUGGACUACAUUUCCCAUGAGGACCCGGCGCAAAGUGACACUUCCUGUCCCGAGGAAAGCUGCGUGGUCGACAACCGGAAGAUAGGGUGGAUCUCUUUGUAUUUAUUCCCGAGGUUGUCAUAUCAUGGCUGAAAAUGACGCAGACAGAAUCCAGACUGAGAAACUCCUAAAGAGAGUACAGGAACUGGAGCAGCAGGUAAAGCGACUUAAAAAAGAACAGGCCACGAACAAGGACUCAAAGAGCCGAGAGAAUUCUUCAGGAGCUGGGGGGAAAGCUAAGCGCGCCUUUGAUUUCAGUGCUCACGGUCAAAGACAUGUAGCUCUAAAGAUCGCCUAUCUGGGCUGGGGAUAUCAGGGCUUUGCCAGUCAGGAAAACACAAGCAAUACAAUUGAAGAGAAACUGUUUGAGGCGCUAACCAAGACUCGACUGGUAGAAAACAGGCAGACAUCCAACUAUCACCGGUGUGGGCGAACAGACAAAGGAGUUAGUGCCUUUGGACAGGUGAUUUCUCUUGACCUACGUUCUCACUUUCCAAAGGACAGGGAUUCUGAGGAUCUUAACUUAAAAGACGAAGUCAAUGAUGUGGCUACAGAGAUCCGUUAUACCCACAUUCUCAACCGGGUACUCCCUCCAGACAUCCGCGUGCUGGCCUGGGCUCCCGUAGAAACUAGCUUCAGUGCUAGGUUCAGCUGUCUUGAGCGGACCUACCGCUAUUUUUUCCCUUGUGCUAACUUAGACAUUGUAACCAUGAACUAUGCAGCUCAGAAGUAUGUUGGCACACAUGAUUUUAGGAACUUAUGUAAAAUGGAUGUAGCCAAUGGGGUGAUUAAUUUUCAGAGAACCAUCCUGUCUGCUCAAGUACAGCGAGUGGGCCAGAACCUGGCCGAGGAGGGAUGGCAAGAACCCUUUCAGUUAUGCCAGUUUGAAGUGACUGGUCAGGCGUUCCUUUAUCAUCAAGUCCGCUGUAUGAUGGCUAUUCUUUUUCUGAUUGGCCAAGGAAUGGAGAAGCCAGAGGUUAUUGAUGAGCUGCUGAACAUAGAGAAAAAUCCCCAGAAGCCCCAAUAUAGCAUGGCUGUGGAAUUUCCUUUAGUCCUCUAUGACUGUAAGUUUGAAAAGAUUAAGUGGAUCUAUGACCGGGAAGUUCAGGAGUUCAAUGUUACCCACCUUCAGCAACUAUGGGCUAAUCAUGCUGUGAAGACUCAGAUGUUGUAUAGUAUGCUACAAGGCCUGGACUCUGUUGCACUGCCCUGUGGAACAGGACCAAAGAUGGAUGGAAUGAUAGAAUGGAGAAAUGUUAAGCCCUCUGUCAUGAAGCAGACCAGUGCCUUUGUAGAAGGAGUGAAAAUGCGCACUUAUAAGCCCCUAAUGGAUCGUCCUAAAUGCCAAGGAUUAGAAUCCCGGAUCCAGCAUUUUGUACGUAGGGGACGCAUUGAACACCCACAUUUAUCCCAGGAGGAAGAAACAAAAGCCAAAAGGGACUGUAGUGACACACAAGAGGAAGAAAAUACUGUUUUUGAGGAACCAACGAAGAGGAUUUGUGUUGAUGCAGAACUUAAAAGCAUCAUUUAACCACAGAAAACUCACCAAGAUCUAGGA